CUGGCGGCUCUGGAACAGCCCGGUCAUCAUCGUCGCGUUCGGUUCUUUCGGUUCCGAUUCGAGUAGUGGCGAGUUUGAAAUAUAUAGUUAUUCCCGAAGAAGAGUGCGUGAAGUUCUGGCAAAGUGUCGGCAACCUGUACGUAAAAGGUACAUCCUUACGUAUUUCCCACUAUACCGCGAUCCCAUUGGACAGUUAAGACCUUCGAUUGACGGAGUGGCCAAAAGACCGUCGGCAAGUGUUUCGGUUAGUGUGAAAAGGAAACGGUCGAAAAGGCCGGUGGAGACAAAGGCGGCUAUUCUAAACACAACAGAAGAUAAUACUGACUCUAAGGGGUUGCCGAAAGCUACAUCUAUACUAUCCUUAGAUAGGUCUACAAACAAACAGGAUAGAGGAGAAGCCGCUGCCUGCGAGUAUAGAUCAGAUCGCCCUCCUGGAUUAUGGGCAUAUCGGAGGAGAUCAAGCUGGAGGAACUACCGCAAGAAGCCAAACUAGCGCACCCGGAUGCCGUAGUGCUGGUUGACCGUGCCCCCGGAUCGUCGGCCGCCUCCGCCGGCGCAGCGCUAACGGUUUCGAUGUCGGUUUCUGCCGGAGCGCCAGGUGGUGCAAGUGGUGGAACAAGUGGAGCGAGUGGGGGCACCAACAGCCCCAUUUCGGAUGGGAACAGCGACUGCGAAGCGGACGAGUACGCCCCGAAGCGGAAGCAGCGGCGCUAUCGCACAACCUUCACCAGCUUUCAGCUCGAAGAGCUGGAGAAGGCCUUCUCCCGGACCCAUUAUCCCGACGUGUUUACGAGAGAGGAGCUGGCGAUGAAAAUUGGAUUAACCGAGGCGCGCAUACAGGUCUGGUUCCAGAAUCGGCGCGCCAAGUGGCGCAAGCAGGAGAAGGUCGGCCCUCAAUCGCAUCCGUAUAAUCCCUACCUGCCCAGCGGCGCCGCCACCAUGCAGACGGUGGUGGGGGCCGCCCUACCGCCUAAUCCCUUCACCCACCUGGGCUUCCAGCUGCGCAAGCCCUUCGACGCCCAACACGCCGCCAACCUGGCCGCCUUCCGCUACCCACAUCUCUCCGCCGCCCCCAUGAUUCCGUCGGGCUACUUCAACCAGUUCCAGAGGGCUCCGCCCCACAUGUUGCCCCAUGGGAUGGCGGGCAUGUACUCCCCAUCGAGCUCCUUCCAAUCUCUACUGGCAAAUAUGACGGCAGUGCCACGGGGUCCUCCGCUUGGAAAACCAGCCGCCCUACUGGUAGGAUCCCCCGAUUUGCAUUCGCCCAACCACCUGCUCGCCUCACCGCCCACUUCGCCCGCCUCCGGCCACGCCUCACAGCACCAGCACAAUCCGGCCUCCCAUCCCCCUCCUCCGCAGGCCCCUCCACAAAUGCCAGUUGGAGUUCAGCCAGCUCAACUUUCGCCCCAACAGUUGGUUGGCAUCGCCUUGACCCACCAGGCGCCCUGUCUAUCGCCCACCCAGACUUCCCCGGUGGCUUUGACAUUGUCACACUCCCCCCAGCGACAGCUGCCCCCACCACCCCAAUCGCAUCAGCCGCCUCCCCCUCCCAGAGCUGCCACGCCCCCCGAGGACAGACGCACCUCCUCCAUUGCCGCAUUGCGUCUGAAGGCCAGGGAGCACGAACUGAAGCUGGAACUGCUGCGGCAAAACGGACAUGGAAACGAUGUGAUCAGCUAGCUGGAGGUGGAGAAUUUGAAGGAUACGAUAGAGGAUACGAUGGUCAGGAAGAUAAUCCCAAACCCAAGUGCAAAAACAUUGCCCGUUCACAGUAGUCUUAAGCCAAUAAGUUAUUCAAUUGUUUGUAUUUAACACGGAGUUUCUAAUAAAUUCAACAAAUAAAAUUAAAA